AUGAUUGAUCCGCGCUUCGCUAAUGCUGGCGCCAUUCCUCUUGUACCUGGAUUUGGUGCACAGCAAGUGCCUAUGCAAUAUCAUCAUCAUCACCAUCAGCAUCGUCAUCAUCAUAAGAACAAAGGUCAAAAUGAUGCAUCACCAGUAAGCCGUGAUGAAUCAAUACAUAAAGUAGAUCAUGGUCAACAUCAUUUUUUACAGAACAAUGAGAUACCUCUCGGUGGUGGUUAUGGUGUCCCAUAUGGUGUCACUGGAUUUGGUGCUGGUGGUGCACCUGGUUUUCAGCAGCAACAACAAUAUGGUGCUGGCAAUUUUGGAUUUCCUAAUCAAUAUACAGGUGUUCAUUUUGGUCAAGGUCCCGUAGGUGGUGGUCCUGUAGGCCAGGGAAUACGACAACAUCGACGUCACAAUCGACAUCAUCGUCAUCAUACUGCCGAAGCAGUAAAUACUGCUGCUCAUGGUGAUCAAGGACAAGGAGCACCUGAACAAUUAAUUGGUCAACGUUCAUCAAGUGCAAUGAAUAACGAAAGACAUCAAACACGUUCACCAGUACCAUUAGUUGAAGGUGAAGUGGCCGGUGAACAAGGUGGUCCUCGUCGUCGCCAUCGUCGUCAUCAUCGUCAUCAUCAUGGUGAACAUGCUAUUUUUGGACAAGCACAUCAAUGGCGGCAAACUCAAGGUCAUACUGCAGUUGGCUCUGAUGGUUAUGGUCAUAUUAACGAGGAUUUGAUCUUUAUCGAACGUGGUGAUCAUAGUCCACAUCGACAAGAACCACCAGUUGGUUAUGAAUACAAAGGUAAAAUUGAAGUUCAAGGUAUUGAUAGAGAAAUUCGAUCACGAUCUCAUGGCCCAAGCACGGUUCUUGCACCGCCUGUUUCAAUAUCUCAAUCUAUUGCACCACCUAUGCCAAUAUCCCAACCUAUUGCACCAACUUCAAGCUUUGGUCCUUGUCCACCUGGAUGGAAACAAGUAAUUUUGACAGCUGCUCCUGGUGGACCGAAUCCGCCUGGUACAGUAUCAUACACAGGACAAACGAUAGGAGCUAUUGGUGGAACUCAAACAGGAAUGAGUAGUUUUGGUCCAGUUGGAUCGUUUGGAGUAGCUGGUUCAGGUGGUGUAUAUGGCAGUUCAGGAACAGGUGUUCCUUUUUCAUCUCAAUGUCAAUUAGUUGCUGAUUAUAUUUUUGCACCAAGUACUACUGGUGUCAGUACAUCAGGUGGAAGUGGUUUUACAAGUGGAUAUAAAAAACACACUAGUACUGGUAUUGUCGAACAAUUUCACGGUGAAAAAGUGACGGAACGUGUUUCUGGUCGUCCAACAAUUAUUGAAGUUUGGCAAAGACGAGCAAAAUCUGAAAAACGUGAAAAAUCACGUUCUAGAUCUCGAUCUCGGUCUCGGUCGCAUCACCGUUCACGAACUCCAACAACAGGUCCAUCAUUUGAUUUCGAGCGAUUCCGUAGUGAAAUUCUUUCAGCUAUCGAACGUAUAGUACCACGCGCAUCAUCAGGAUCUACUGAAAUACAAUGGACUGGACGUGACGGUGGUACACAAACUCAAAUUCAUCCAAGUACAGGAGGUGAAACUCGAAUAGAACAUGAAAAACGACACGAAACAGCUGGCGAAGUUCGAGUUAUUGUACAACCAAUUCAACCUGUCUUUUACAUGCCUCGGCAAACUAGUGGCACAAUAAAAACAGAAAUUGCACCUCAAAUUGGGCCUAUUCCAAGUAUUCAACAACCAACAACAACUAGUGCACCUAAUGUUGUUUAUGUUCCACGUAAUGUUUACGUACCUGUUAUUAAACCUGUUUUUGUUCCACGUGAACGUGUCAUUGUACGUCCUCAAGUAAUACAUGUUGCUCGACCUGUACUUGUUGAUCGUCCAGUACCCGUUACACAACGACCAAUUAUUAUAGAUCGUGAACGACCUAUUCCUGUACCAGUACGUAGUGGAGGCCAAGCAGAAGCACAAGCUGGUGGUUCAAAAGUUGUUCGAGAAGAAUAUGUUUAUCGAGAUAAUUUACCUGUUGCUUAUGGAGGUCGUUGUCCGGAAUUUGCUGGUGGUGUUAAUUAUGGUUAUAUGCCUACACAACAAGAGCAUCAAUAUGCAUCUAGUUCAACUCAUGAAGCAUCGAAUAUUUUUCAAAGACAACCACCAAUUAUUAAUGUAAAUGUUCCAAAUCAAUAUCAACGUAGUCAUUCGGCUUCUCAAUUUGAAGGGCAACCAGGCAUUUGUAAAACUUUUCAUGGAUCAUAUACGGAUUUAGCUGGAACAGGUGGCUCAUUUACUACUGGUAUUAAUAAUGAUUAUUUAGCUGCACAACAAGGACAACAAUAUGCAGCUGGUUCAACACAUGAAGCUGGAAAUAUCUAUCAAACAGAAGGUUCAGUUGUUAAUAUAAAUGUUCCAAAUCAAUAUCAACAUAGUCAAUCGGCUUCUCAUCUUGAAUUACAACAAGGUGGUCUUGGUAGUGGUAGUGGUCGUAGUUUUCAUGGUUCAUAUACGAAUUUAGUUGGAGCAAAUGCAGGUCUUAAUGUUGGUCAACAUAAUCAAGAUAUUCUUCGACAAACGUUCGAACAAACAGCUCAAAUUUCAGGUAUACCUCCUCAUGGUCCAACACAAAUCGAAGUGCUUGAUACAGCUGUUAAUCCUUGCUGGCAAAAAACGGAUCAAUCAACAUUAAUGCGUCGUUAUGGUCGUCCAGCAUUUGAAAUAGUUCAUAAAAGCGAAGAAGUUGAGCAACAAAUGUAUCAUGAACUUCGUCAACGAGCAAGUACAAGUGGUAUUGUAAGAUCGGCUUCAACAGCUAGUUAUGGAUCGGGUUCCGGUAUAGGUCUUAGUGGUAGUGGUAUUGGUCAAUAUUAA